AUGUUCAAAAAUUUAUUAGCUUUUAAUGAAUGUUCAAGGAAGGAUCUUCAAUUGGGUGAUAAAUUUGUACCUAAUCAUAUCAAUGUCAAUGAAAUCAAUAUUGCGUGUAUAAGACCAUAUGAAGAAUAG